ACCGCGAGUCGACAAUCGACUGUGUAGCUCAGCAAUCGCUGUUCUUCGGCGCUUAAAUAAAUAAUGAAAUCGGCCGAAGAGAGCUGCGGCUGAUUUGCUGAUGUCAGGACUCUAGUGCAGCAUUUCAUGGCACUGGGCGGAUACCCGACGGCUGGCUAAGACGCUCUCUCCCCGAUUCUCACACAUGCCAACCCGGCAGACGCGAUGCUGUCCACCGCCAGACGUUGCGCUUUCACAAGCGUGUUGAUUUUGUACUUGUGCUCGCAGGUCGAUUUGAAACGGGUUUUUAGGUGUCCUUCGACAUGCACCUGUUCGAAGGAGUCCAUUAUCUGUGUCGGCUCCAACUAUGUGCCGCGGAUCAGUCCAAACGACAUCAAUUCACUGAGCAUCGUCAACGGCACCUUCUCCGAGGUCAAAGAAGCGAUGUUCGCACUCAUGCCCUCUCUGCAGCUGCUGCUGCUGAACUCUAAUGCCCUCACUACCAUACGAGAUGAUGCCUUCUCUGGCCUUCCUCACCUGGAGUACCUGUUUAUAGAGAACAACAAGCUGGAGACUGCGUCCCGAUACACCUUUAGAGGCCUCAGAGACCUCACUCAUCUGUCACUGGCGAACAACAACAUCAAGGCAUUGCCAAGGGAUCUGUUCAGUGACCUGGACUCUCUGAUCGAGCUAGACCUGCGUGGCAACGAAUUUGAGUGUGACUGCCGUGCCAAGUGGCUAAUGCAGUGGCUGCGCAGCACCAAUGCCACCGUGUCUGACAUCUACUGCGCCGGCCCUGAUGACAUGAAGGGCAAGAGGCUCAACGACAUGGCCAGCAUGCACAAUGAGUGCAUGUCCACAGACUUCGUCCUUCACCAGUCAGUUCAGUCUGAGUCUCUGUCUGUGGACACCUUCUCCUUCAAGAACGACGUUUAUGUGGCCAUCGCGGCCCCCAACACUGAGAGCUGUAUGGUUCUUCAGUGGGACCACAUUGAGAUGUACUUCAGGAGCUACGACAACAUCACAGGCCAGUCCAUCGUGGGGUGCAAGUCAAUCAUCAUCCAGGACCAGGUGUUUGUUAUCGUGGCACAACUCUUUGGCGGCUCACACAUCUAUAAGUUCGACGAGGACCAGAGUCGCUUUAUCAAGUUCCAGGACAUCGAGGUGUCCAAGAUCUCCAAGCCCAACGACAUUGAGGCCUUCCAGAUGGCGGGCGACUGGUUCUUUGUCAUCGCGGACAGCUCCAAGGCCGGCCUGUCCACACUCUACCGCUGGAGCGAUAAGGGUUUCUACUCACACCAGUCCCUCCAUGAGUGGUUCCGUGACACGGAUGCCGAGUUUGUCAACCUGGACGGGAAGGCCCACCUGAUCCUUGCCAGCCGAUCACAAGUGCCGGUCAUCUAUCAGUGGAACCGCGGCUCCCAGCGCUUCGUGCUGCAGGGGGAAAUCCCCAACAUGGAGGACGUGGUGGCGGUGAAGGCGUUCCACGUGGAGGAGGCCCUCUUCCUGGCCAUGACGCGCUACAUCGGAGACUCCAAGGUGCUCCGCUGGACGGCGCCCAAGCAGUUCUCGGAGGUGCAGGCCCUGCCGUCGCGGGGUGCCAUGACGCUGCAGCCGUUCAGCUUCAAGCGCCGCCACUACCUGGCGCUCGGCAGCGACUACACCUUCUCGCGCAUCUACGUCUGGGACGCCGACAGCGGAAUGUUCCGGCGCUUCAAGGAGGCCUACAUCCAGGCGCCGCGCUCCUUCACCGCUGUCUCCACCGACCGCCGAGACUUCCUGUUUGCCUCCAGCUUCAAGGGCAGCACACAGAUCUUCGAACACAUCCUCAUCGACCUCAGCCUGUGAAGAUCACUGACCACUACACACUGCACACAGAUCUACCAACACAUCCUCAUCGACCUACGCCUGCUAUCACCCCACCCCUGUCAUACCCCUGCUGUCACCCCACAUCACCCCACCCCCCUCAUACCCCACCCACUCUGCGCCACACCCAAAAAUCCUGCCCCCGUCCCCUACCCCACUCCUCUGCCAAACACCAGAAACAGUCUUCCAGUCCCCCAGCUGCUGUCGAGCCUGUGUGCUGGAGCACAGCUGGCCCACAGUCGCACGGAGUCCACACCACAGGGUUGCUUUCUCAGUUACACAAACAGAAUGCAUUACAAGCAGUGAGGGACUUGUGAAUCUACUCUCUCUAACUCCUUUUGGGCCACAUUUACAGUUUGUGAAAUUUCUGUGCUUCAGAUAAGGCUGUGGACUCAUAGUUAGGGCCUGUUAGUUUAUAGGUCAUGAUUUAUCAUGUCUCUCAUCACUUCCUGCCCUGAUAAGGGGAGGCGUGGGUUAACCCAAAGGUAACAAAUCUUUUCACCAUCUGCAGUUAUAUGUCAAAGUUUAGGUAUCCCUGGGCGAAUGAAAUCAUGACGUUAUUUUGGUAAAUACAACAUCAAAUAGGCAUGAAAA